AUGUACUACCAAGCUACGCACAUGUCUGCAGGUCCUGCACCGCAACCACAAACUGUGACAUCAAACGCGCUACCCCAAUAUGGCCACCAGCAACCAACAUUAUUACAACCAGGUCCAGCACAGUACUCUGCCCCUCCGUAUCAAUACGGAUACGCGAAUGGGUUGACGUCUCCUCAGUCUGCUCCGCCAGCCGUUUCGGGUUCCAUGGGUGCCCAAAAUGUUCUACCUCUACCCGGGGUUCCCAAUCAGGGAGGCAUGCAGAAUCAGUACCAAGGAUUUGACACGACAGGUCAAAUUGCGCCGCCGGGGAUGAAACCCCGUGUUACGGCCACGCUUUGGGAAGAUGAGGGCAGCUUAUGCUUUCAGGUUGAGGCUAAGGGUAUUUGCGUUGCGCGUCGCGAAGAUAAUCACAUGAUAAAUGGCACGAAGUUGCUUAACGUCGCUGGAAUGACCCGUGGCAGGAGAGACGGGAUUCUGAAGAGCGAAAAGGUACGGCAUGUUGUCAAGAUUGGGCCCAUGCACCUUAAGGGAGUUUGGAUUCCCUUCGAGAGAGCUCUUGACUUCGCCAAUAAAGAGAAGAUUACGGAGCUGCUGUACCCACUGUUCGUUCACAACAUUGGAGCUUUAUUAUACCACCCUACAAACCAAAACAGAACAAACCAGGUCAUGGCAGCAGCCGAGCGCCGAAAACAAGAGCAAAGCCAGAUGCGGAACGGCCCGGGUCCAACACCUCCAGGUGGUGUCUUGCCCUCAAUACAACAACAUCACCAUCACAUGGGAUUACCAGGACCUCAACCUCCACUUCCGUCUCACAACCCAGGACGGCCGUCCCUUGACCGGGCACACACAUUCCCGACGCCGCCAACAAGUGCAUCAAGCGUGAUGGGAAGCAUGGGUGCAUCCGAGAGUUUCCAAUGGGGUCAGCAAGGGAUGAAUGGCGGCCAAGGUCCCAACCCUAUGUCCAUCGACACGGGUCUUAGCAACGCUGCACGAUCCAUGCCGGCUACUCCCGCAACUACGCCUCCGGGAAACACACUGCAGAGUAUGCAGCCUUACUCCCAGAGUAGUCAACCUUACGAUAGUUCUCGUGCGGUAUACAAUGGCCAAACUACUCAACAUUCUCCUUAUCCUCCGUCAAAUAGCAGCCCGCAGGAAAGGAACAUCUAUGGCCAACCGAGCUCCUACAUGAAGAGCGAGAUGGGCCCUCCAGCUGGACGUCCGGCCGGUCCUAAUGAGCAGGCUGAUGUUAAGCCGUCAAAUGGAUUACUGCAACAUAAUGACGGUGUUCCUCACCCGUCCGGCGAAGAUGAAGCUGAGCAUGAGGCUGAAUAUACUCAUGACAGCGGUGCUUAUGACACCAAUAGAACAUCGUAUAAUUACAACGCCCCACCUGUUACGGCGUUACAAGGCGAUCACCAGCAUAUUCCCGAGAUAAACGGGUCGCCUAACCAUCAAACCGGAUCUGGACGAGCGACACCCAGAACCGCUGCACCGCCGCAGCCGUAUUACGCUCAGCAGGCAGGAUACAGUACGCCGCCGCGUGCGCCACCCUCAAGCAAUCUUUAUAAUGUAAUGAGUGGCGACCGGGCGCCCACUAAUGGCGCGCCACCGCCGGAUGUUUAUAGCUCGCAAAACGACAUGGGCGCUCCAAUGCAAAAUGGUUAUGCUGCCCAGCCAGUUAUGAAUGGCGCACCAGGCGCCUUGAAAAGAGGCCGCGAUGAUGAAGACGACCUACCUCGUCCCUCGAGCGGUGGGCUAGACUUGAAGCGUCGGAAAACGGUGAUUGAUGGGCCCAUUGCUCCCGGAUACGACACGAUGAGCCGCCCUACUUCGGCGGUGGCCCGUCGGCGAUAG